AAUAAUGAUUGAAUAGCCAUAGCCGAGAAUGGAACACCCAUCGCUUAUGUAACACCCGCUACUCCACGCAACUAGUCUUUUUUUUGUUUCGCUUUUUAUUCCUCUGAAAUGCACGGAGUAGGGCUUGCAAGACGUUCGCUGCUGUCGUUCAGAUCGCUCGCACGCCCGUCGCGACAGGUCCUCGGCCAUCCUCUCCGUUGCCUGCCGCCGGGCAUCAGACACUUGUCAGACGACAAGCUGUCUGAGUCGCAGCCCGUGCAGGAUGCCCAACCGCAACCGGAUACGGAUAUCCCACCUCAGACGGUGCCGUUGGAACAGUUGAAGGCAAAGGAAGCCGAGGUGGUCGACCUCACCAAUCGACUACGGUACCUCCAGGCGGACUUUGUCAACCUUCAGCGCAAUGCUGCACGCGAAAAAGAGCAACAGCGCGACUAUGCCAUCUCGCGUUUUGCAGGUGAUCUCCUCGAGGUCGUCGACGUCCUUUCCCUUGCUCUCAAGUCCGUCCCCACGCCCCACCUAAAUUCUCCCUCGUCUCCGCCUCCAAACCCUUCCGACCCUCCUACAUCCCCGCAGAAAUCUGCCCAGGAUUACCUCGUCGAACUCCACCACGGUGUCCAAAUGACCCACCGCCUUUUGCUCUCCGUCCUUGGUACAUACGGUGUCAAAUCGUUCGACCCCACGGGCGAAAAGUUUGACCCGAACCGACACGAAGCACUUUACCAAGCACCCAUACCUGAGAAGGAGCCGGGGACUGUAAUAGAUUGCCAAAAGAUCGGUUUCAUGAUCAAGGACCGGUUAUUACGUGCAGCCCAAGUCGGGGUUGCCCAGGAUACGUCAUGAUACAUUAUUCUUGCGGUUAGGAUGGCUUCUCAUGUGGGGGGUUGGUACGACCACGCACGCAUCACCAUCACGAUAACAUUAUAUUCUAGCAUAUCUAAUUCAUCGAAUCUCGACUCUGAACUGCUCCUGGAGGCGCGACGUGACCUGGGCAUGGAGUUCGUUCGUCUCGUCAUUGGAUAGUGACCUGACCCAUAUAAGCUGGUUGAGGUAAUGAUCAAAUGGGGGUGACGAUACCUAUCCAUGGAACGAUAAUUU